GGAAGCCCAUGGUUGUUUCCGGGAGGAGCGGAGAAGAAGACGCUCACUUCCGGCGGAAGGAGGCUUUUCUGGAGGGAUGGAGGAGGCAGAGGAGCUGCUCUCCGGGGGCGAGAGACUGCAGUGCGCCCCCGACCCGCGCCUGGGCCCGGAAUUAGGAUGGAUCCCUUCUGGACAAGGCUUUGCUCGAGGCCUCAAAGAUUUCCCGCCCGGGCCGACCCGGGCCUUCCUCGCUCUAAAGAGCCUUCCCCGGGGCUUGGCCCUUGGCCCUUCACUCGCCGAGGAACCGUGUUUGGGGGUCUGGUGUGUCGGGGAGCCCCUGCAGCCGGGACUGCUCUGGGGGCCUCUGGAAGAGGAGUCUGUCUCCAAGCAGAAGGAGGAAGGAGUGAAACUACGGCUGGAGGAGGACGUGUCACUAGGCCCAUGGGGAGACGUGUGUGCUUGUGAGCAGAGUUCAGGCUGGAUCAGUCUGGUGCAGCAGGGCAGGCUGGAAGGUGAGGGAAACGUAGCCCUGGUGCGGAUCAACGAGAAGCUCCAUCUGCAGGUGUACCGGGUUGUGCUGCCAGGCUUUGAGUUGCUGCUGUGGCCCCAGCCUCCCUCUGAUGGCCUGAGCCCCACCCAGCCCAGGCUAGAAGAAGAGGCAGCCAUGGCUGUGGUGACCGAAGUGGACUCCGCUUCACAACAGGAAGUGGACUCCCCUGGGGAGGAUGCAGCAGAACCUUGGACAGAUCCCGGUCACCAGUCACCCCCCAGCAUCCAGGCAGAGAAUAUGGUAAGCCCCGGACCUAAGCCUCAAACCCAGGAUCAACUUCCUGAGGAGAGCCAACCACUUGGCCUGCUCCCUCGGGGUGGCAGCAUGGAUGAGGAGGAUCCACCCCAGACACAGAUGUCACCUGAACCUCAGAGCAGCUCCACUACCCAGCAGGGCCCAGAGAGUAGUGAGGCCAGUUCCUCGUCUUCUGCCAGGGCCACCCACCUGCAUGCUUACCUGGUCAAGAAGUUAUGUGGCCCCAGUGAGCAGUGCCCACCCAGAGCAAAGACCUCAGAGUUCAGGGCCCAGCAGGCUGGGGAGCAGCAACAGGCCGGCCUCCCUGCAUGCUUGCGGAGCCCUCCUGGCCCAGGAGGAAGCCCCCCAAAACAGAGACGACGAUACCGGUGUGGGGAGUGUGGCAAAGCCUUCCUGCAGCUGUGCCACCUGAAGAAGCAUGCGUUCGUGCACACAGGCCACAAACCCUUCCUUUGCACUGAGUGUGGCAAGAGCUAUAGCUCAGAGGAGAGCUUCAAAGCCCAUAUGCUGGGCCACCGUGGAGUGCGACCCUUUCCUUGCCCACAAUGCGACAAGGCCUACGGCACCCGGCGAGACCUCAAAGAGCACCAGGUGGUACAUUCAGGUGCCAGGCCCUUUGCCUGUGACCAGUGUGGCAAGGCCUUUGCCCGCCGGCCCUCCCUGCGACUGCAUCGCAAGACCCACCAGGUGCCGGCGGCCCCUGCCCCGUGCCCGUGCCCUGUGUGUGGGCGCCCCCUGGCCAACCAGGGCUCUCUGCGCAACCACAUGCGACUCCACACAGGAGAAAAGCCCUUCCUGUGCCCACACUGUGGCAGGGCGUUCCGCCAGCGGGGCACCCUGCGUGGUCACUUGCGGCUGCACACGGGGGAGCGUCCUUACCGCUGCCCGCACUGUGCCGAUGCCUUUCCGCAGCUGCCUGAGCUGCGGCGCCAUCUUAUCUCUCACACCGGGGAGGCCUACUUGUGCCCUGUGUGUGGGAAGGCCCUCCGAGACCCACAUACACUGCGUGCUCAUGAGCGUCUGCACUCAGGGGAGAGGCCCUUCCCGUGCCCCCAGUGUGGCCGUGCUUACACACUGGCCACCAAGCUGAGGCGCCACCUCAAGUCCCACCUGGCCGACAAGCCCUAUCGCUGUCCCACCUGUGGCAUGGGCUACACCCUCCCCCAGAGCCUCAAGCGACACCAGCUCAGUCACCAGCCUGGGGCACCCUCCAGCCCACCCAGUGUGCCACCUGCUGCUUCCGAGCCCACCGUGGUACUGGUGCAGACUGAGCCAGAACUGCUAGAUACAUGCAGCGAACAGGACGUCUCCCCAGCCCGGGAUGUCUUCGAGGUCACCAUUUCUGGGAGCCAGGAGAAGUGCUUUGUGGUGCCUGAGGAGCCAGGCCCCGCCUCCAGCCUGGUGCUCAUUCAUAAGGACAUGGGCUUUAGUGCCUGGGCAGAAGUGGUGGAGGUGGAGACAGGCACCUGACCCCCUCACCUCCUUCAGCAGAGUUUUACAUAAAGCUAGUGUUUUCUGGCUGCCGGGCACCUGCGUCUUUCUCUUUGGAUUGCCUGACGGAGUCUAGUCUAUUCUGAGAAGCAGGUCGGGGAUUUCCCUUCCUGUUUAUGGACCACCACAUUGUUUCCCAAGACCGUAAGGUAAACCUGUUCUAGAUUUAAGAGCUUUUUACUGCCUUCCGGUAGAGCAUGUUCUACCUCCUUCACCAGGAACUGCUCAGGGUGCUUGUUCUUUAAACACAACGGGAGUGACCCCACCCAGUGAGGUAGGGAGCUGGCAGCCGGACUGCCCUGCCCGGGUGCUUAGUGCUGGCAUCAUCGCUCCGCCCCCCCCCCCCUGGAGCUCCCUGAGGGACAGGCACUUUCAUCUAGAACUAGACGGAAUGAUUGGAGGGUUAAAAUGCCAGAGGCUGAGCUCAGCUCAUAGUUCCCUCUAACUCAGGCUGUAGGUGGUUUUGGCAGACUUUUUCACCAUCUAGGGGCUGUGAAGUUGGUUUUCUUUCUGUGCUGAUAGACACCAGACUCACUGGAGGCAGCUAGGGCCAGAUCUGAACCCUUCUGUGGGCUUGGGCCACCCAAGAAAGAGUCUGCUCACAGACUCCCAUCCUGAUAUGCAUAGACCAUAAACCAGCACCCUGGGUGCCGGGAUACAGCUGUGAGCAAGACUGAGGCGAUGCCUUUUACAGAUGGGCAUCGGGGACAGUGUCCGCAAGGAAUAAUAAUGAUUAAAUAAACACUCCACCCUGA